AUGUCACUCACUGAAUCUUCCGCAUUUGAUGUUGCAAAGACUGCAUCUCAAGCAUCUCGUCGUCUUGCAACAUUGUCUAAUGCUGCACGCAAUGAGGCAUUGACUGCUCUUUACAAUGCCCUUCUAAAAAAUAAAAAUGCGAUUCUUAAUGCAAAUGCAAGAGAUGUAGAGGUAGCAACCCGUGCCGCGGAAAAUGGCACUCUCAGCCACAGUGUCCUCAAGAGACUUGACUUGUCGAAGCCUGGAAAGUACAGCGAUAUGCUGCAAGGUAUAUUGAAUGUUCGAAGUUUGGCUGAUCCAGUGGGAACGGUGAGUCUAAGGACACUGCUCGACGAUGGCCUUACCCUCGAAAGAGUUAGCUGCCCCAUAGGGGUUUUGUUGAUCAUAUUCGAGGCUCGCCCCGAGGUCAUUGCCAACAUUGCUGCUCUAUCCAUCAAAUCAGGAAACGCUGCAAUUCUCAAGGGGGGAAAAGAGUCUACUGAAUCCUUCAUUGCAAUUUCGAAAGUGAUAUCAGAGGCAAUCUCAAGCACUCAAAUCCCCAAGUCUUCAGUCCAACUGGUGAAGACACGGGAUGCCGUUUCUUCGCUGUUGGAACAAGACUCGUUGAUUGAUCUUGUCAUACCGCGGGGAUCAAACGAUCUUGUUCGGUUUGUCAAGGAUAACACAAAAAUCCCCGUGCUUGGACAUGCCGAUGGCCUUUGCUCUGCAUAUAUCCAUGCAGAUGCCAACUUGGAGAUUUGUCGAAAGGUGAUCGUGGACUCGAAAACCAAUUAUCCAGCAGCUUGCAAUUCUUUGGAAACUUUGCUUGUACACCAGGAUGUUCUUGAAACUGUCUUUCUUGGAGUUGCCGAAGCCCUUUUACUCAAAGGAGUAACUCUUCGCUGUGACUCGGUAUCGAAAGCUGCGUUGCUCCAGAAAUUUCCAACUAUACAGGGAAAUCUAUUGCAAGAUGCAGUCGACUCUGAUUAUGAAACCGAAUUCUUGGAUCUCAUACUGGCUGUUAAGACUGUUCCUUCUCAGUCGUCGCCCAUCUCUGCGGUUGAGGCUGCUGUCGCUCAUAUCAACGCACACUCAUCAAAACAUACCGAUAUCAUUUUGACAGAAUCAAACGAAAUGGCGGAACUGUUUAUGAGCGGCAUUGAUAGUGCCGGCGUUUUUUGGAAUGCAUCUACAAGGUUCGCCGAUGGCAUGAGAUAUGGUUUUGGUACAGAGGUUGGCAUCAGUACGAACAAGAUACAUACACGAGGGCCCGUCGGGUUGGAAGGCUUGACCAUCUACAAGUAUAAAAUCCGGGGAAAUGGUCACAGAGCAGGCGACUAUUUUGAGGGCGAGGGAGGCAAAAGGUGGAAACAUGAACACUUGCCAGUAGAUAGCAAGUAA